ACGUCAGAGUACGACGGUUACGUAAUGAGCCUGUUUAUCUUGUGUGGCUGUUAGCUUAUUGUGUGUUCAGUCGUCGGUGCAGUGCUGUAAAAGGCUAGGCAGAGGGACCAGCACAGUCUAGGUGUACAUUUUAAAUUUUCCAUAGCAUUUAGUAUUAUUGGGGCAGCAUAAUGACCGAUAAAAUGGAUAUGUCUCUAGAUGACAUUAUCAAGCAGAACAGGCAGCAGAGAGGUGGAGGCCGGGGAGGAAGAGGCCGAGGCCGCGGAGGCUCAGGCGGCGGCCGGGGAGGAGGCCCCGGGCGGCUAGGAGGCGGCGGCAGCGGUGGAGGUUUUGGAGGCCGAGGCGGCGGAUCUGGCCCCAUGAGGAAUCGACAGAACCUGAGCCGCGCUAGAGGCAGACCGACGCCUUACAGCAGGCCUAAACAGCUCCCCGACAAGUGGCAGCACGACAUGUUCGACAACGGCUUCGGAGGCUUUAAUGGUAAUGCCGGGGGUGGCGGAGGAGCAGGUGUGGAAACUGGAGGGAAGCUGUUAGUCUCCAAUCUGGACUUUGGUGUUUCAGAUGCAGACAUUCAGGAACUUUUUGCUGAAUUUGGAACUCUGAAAAAAGCUGCUGUUCAUUAUGACCGCUCUGGAAGAAGCCUGGGAACAGCUGAUGUCCACUUUGAGAGAAGGGCAGAUGCACUUAAGGCCAUGAAGCAGUACAAUGGCAUCCCACUUGAUGGGCGACCAAUGAACAUACAGCUUGUCACAUCACAGAUCGACACGCAAAGGCGGCCUAUGCAGGGGCUGAACAGAGGUGGUGGGGGGGGUGUGAACAGAAGUCGUGGCUUUGGCGGCAUGCAGAGAGGUCGAGGUGGUCGUGGGGCAGGCGGCUCCCGAGGAAGAGGACGAGGAGGUCGAGGUGGUGGAAGCAAGCAGCAGCUUUCAGCAGAGGAGCUUGAUGCACAGUUAGAUGCCUACAAUGCCAGGAUGGACACCAGUUAAGAGAUUGAAGCUCUCCCUAGUUGUCUUCCCUUCCUUUCUGUGCAGAAGGGGAUGGUUGUUACAAAUGUCCAGAACAUUUUACACAUGCUUGUCUUCUGAUGUGAUUUGAAAGUGUUCCAGCCUCUUAUUUUAAAUACUCCAGUGUUUUUUACCUGUAUUUUCUUUUUUUUUUUUUUUUUUUUUUUUGAUGAAAAAGGGAUUUUGACUGUAGGUUUUUGAACUGGCCUUUCCCAGUUCGUCUUUGCCCUGUAGUUAAUGAAACUUGUAAUAAAAACCUGCAGUGUAUAUUAACCAAGA